UAAUAUUAAUUACAUAAGUAAUGAUGAAGGAAGUGGGACAGUUUGGUUCUUUUAGGUCGUCUUGAGCCUGUGCAUUCAAAUAUGUUUGGGAAAUGCAGCCCUUAUGAGGGGAAGGCUGUAAUAGCUAGUCUGUAGUGAAAACUGGAUAAUAAUACCUUCUGCUUCUUGUGCAAGGAAGCAGGCAUUACUCUGCAGCCUUGCAGAUAAUUCUGUGCUGGUAGGGAAAGUCCUAGUUAUAGUCUCUGAUUUUGCAAUCACACCUCCUUCCAUGCCCAGAAAUAUGGAUGGUGAAAUGUAUACCGCAGCUGGGUGUGAAGGGGCAGGUACUUGUUUGUUGGUUUGGGAGCUAGAUCUGCAACUCAUUUUUCAAACUCACUUGGGCUUAAAUAGGAGCUGAGGCUACACGCAGUGAAAACUAAGGAGUGCUGCAUGUGGACAGGUGCUGAACAGAUAGGAGCCAGGAAAACUUCCAAUUCCAGCAGUUGUACACUGCUGGAAUUGGAAGCCAAAGGCUUCCAGAGUCAGUUGUUUGAGAUUAAGAUCUAAUAAGCAGGGGCAGAAACUGGAGAUGCUAAUCAUUCUGUGGGCUGUCAGCAAGUGCCGUGUCAGAUUGCCACUGCAUAAUAUCUUGCACAGUGGUUUAGUCUUCUGGGAGUUAUAAAGCAUUAGGAGAAAGAGAAUGCAGUGUUUCACAGUAAUUGUAUGGAUGCAGCCUAAGAGAAUGCAUAUAGUAUAACUGUGGCAAUGACAUCAGCUCAAAACAAAUCCUGUCCUCCUACACACAUCGUGAGAAUCACACAAUCUUUAUCUGAACCUAAAAACUGUGCAUCUCACAUACUUAAGUUUAUAGUUUAUAGCCUAGAGUGAGGCUAGAAAGAGGAGUCUAACAGCUAAGUCAUCCAUGAUAAGGUGAAUGUUUACUGACAGUGAGGGGAAUAAUGCUAAAAUUUUGUUUUCAUUAGACAGGGUUGGAAAGCAACACUGGUGUUACCAGCCUCUCCUCUCCCGUGAGGAUACUAAAAAUUGACAGAGAUAGCUCAUCUCUAAUAGUUACCACAGGAGUUUCAGUUACAUCCCUGUCCAUGCAGGAUAGAUGACUUGGUAUCAAAAUCUCCUACCUUAAAAAUGGAGAUUUCCUGUUUACUUUCCAAACCACCCUUUGUUUAAAAUAUUUAUAAAGACUAAUAUACAACAACUCAAUGAGUUCUGUGGCACCAGCAUCAACUCCUGUCUUCUCUGGGAAUAAUAUCAAACGUAAUUGCAAGUAAUUAUCAUCCCACACACUGCCUGAAUUCAAAACAAAAUUCUUUAACAAGAGAACUGAUUGGAAACAAUUUUAAAAUACUGAAAAUUUAGUAUUUGGAAGUUUUUUUUUAGGUUGCUUUUUGUUUUAAUUAAUGCCAAGGCUUUGUUCUCUUUAUCAGGGCAACAAUUCACCAGACAAUGUUUUCCUGACAUGGUUUAACUUGUUGCCACGCACAGAAUCGCCAAGUGGGCCCGGUUGGAGAGGACUACGUAGUACAGGCCACCUGGUUCAGCCUACCUACUCAAGCAGAGCCAUCCCAGAGCACAGGACCAGCAGGGGAUUGAGUCCAGAUGGUUCUGGACUCUCUCCAUGAGGGAGGGAGAACGUCUCUGGGAAAUCUGUUCCAGUGCGCAGGACCCGCACAGCAAAAAAGUUCCUCCUCUUGUGUGGUAUUCACAUGCCCUCUGAACAGAGAGAAGCUGUGAGACAAGCAGAGAAGAAGGAAAACACAGUUCUUAUCUCGCUUGCUGUGCCUGUGUUGUGUGGAACGAGAUAAUCGAGCUCUUCCGUGCUGGGAUGCCCUUACGGAAGCAUCGCUGUCGUUUCAAGAGCUACGAGCGUUGCUUCAAAGCCUCGGAGGCAGUGGAAUGUUUGCAUGAGCUACUUGGCUCUAACCAAAACUUUGGCCCAGAAGUGACUCGCGAUCAAACGGUUAAGCUGCUUAAAAAAUUCCUGAAAAAUCAUGUAAUCGAAGAUAUUAAAGGAAGAUGGGGCAAAGAGGACUUUGAAGACGAUGGCCGUUUAUAUCGAUUUCCUCCUUCCUCACCACUGAAGUCAUAUCCAAAGAAACCUUCAUGUGGAAAGGAAGUAAUUAAAUUUCCAGACUGGAAUGAAGCAAGGGCUGGCCCUUCUCAAGAACACAUCCCAGUGAAAUCCGUCGCAAUGAACUCUGAGAUGUGGUACAAGCGACACAGCAUAGCUAUCGGGGAAGUACCGGCAUGCAAACUUGUGUUCCGCAGAGAACUAACACAAACAAAUAUAGAAGAGAUAUGGAAAUCCAUGACUUUAUCACGAUUACAAAAGGUGUUGGGUUUGGAUUCUCUAGAUGAAGUGUUAGACACAAAACUUGUGAAUUCGAAACAUAUUGUUCAAAAUGUAUAUAAUGUCAAUAAGCAAGGCAUUGUCACUUUAGAGGACAAAUCAAAGGAACUACCUCAUUGGAUAUUAUCUGCAAUGAAAUGUCUAGUAAAUUGGCCCAGCUGUUCAGAUCUGAAGCAGCCUACGUACUCAGGCUUUGAAAGAGACGUCUUCAAAACUAUAGUGGACUACUUUAGCCAGAUGAAAGAGCCUCUUCUCACAUUUAAUUUUUUUGAUAUUUUUGUUAGUGUGUUAGGACUGCUGCAAAAACCCAGCAAGGCUGUUGAAGCUCUUCAGAUAUCCUGUCUCCUAUUGCCACCAGAAAAUAGGAAAAGACUACAGCUGUUGGUGAGAAUGAUGGCAAGAAUUAGUCUAAACCAGGAUUUGCCACGUCUUUCUGAAUCAGUGAGGACCAGAACUUUGAUGGUUCAGGCAUUUUCCCGUUGUAUUCUCUGCUCAAAGGAUGAAAUAGACUUGGAUGAACUUCUUGCUGCUAAACUAGUAUCUUUUCUCAUGGAUAAUUAUCAAGAGAUCUUAAGUGUUCCUUCUGCUUUAAAGUCUUCCAUAGAGGAUCAUGUUGUACAUCUCCAGAGAGUCCAAAUAAAAUAUGAUGGGUCUGAUAGUGAUGCAGCACUUCCUCCUCCAUCAUUUUGUCACCAAAUCACUUCAGGUGAAUUUGAAUACCAAAGGGCAACUGGCUCUCAAGAACCACUGGCAGCUUUGUUGGAAGAAAUUGUAAGGAACAAAGAAAUAUCUGUGAAAGAUAAAAAGAAGAAGCUCAAGCAAUUUCAGAAAUCUUACCCUGAAGUGUACAGAGUACGAUUUCCUAGCCCUGAAACCGAAGCGAUGGUAUUUCCUGAAAAAACUAAGCAGAAGCCACCAAUACUGAUGUGGGCCUUAAAAAAGCCUUUUCAACCAUUUCACAGAACCAGAAGCUUUCGGAUGUAAAUGGUUUGAAAUAUAUCAGUGAAUGAACAGAGACUCAGUGUAUUGUCAAUGGAUCUCAUGCAAAAGGAGCCUGAGCAGCACAUGGUCACUCGAAAAAACUACUGGGGAUACUGCUAAGUUCAUUGAAAAUGUUGAAAGAAGAGGAGACUACUGAGAUUGUAGUAAUGUGAACCAUUAUCAGUAUUUUUGUAAAGCAUUAUUUUUUUAAAUGUCUGUUACUUUAAAACAAGCAACAGAAAACAGUUACAAAAAACUAAAUAAACAAACCCACCGCACACUCAAGGGGAUUAUUCUAUAUAUGGGUGAUAAUGUACACUUGCUGUGGUUUGGUUUGACUGUCAUUUUAAUGCCUAAAUGUACUUGAAUAUAAUGUAUUUUUUGUAACUAGUCAACAGCUUUUUUUCCUCCCUACAAAUGAGUGUCUUGCAUAAACUAGGCUGCAUUUGUGCACAUGUAUUGUGAAGAAUUAACUUACUGUACAUGCUUUAGUAAGUAUGAAACACUGGAUUUUGGUUUGCUUUUUGUGAGAGACUAAUAUUAAAAGUUAAUGAUGCAAUCAUUUGGCUUUUGCACCCCUCAGACACAGGGAAAGGGGGGAGAGUUUUUGGGUAUGUGGUUAUGAAACUUCUUGGUCUGCCCAGGUGCAGAGGGGGUGAGCACCCAUCACCAGAAGAUGACCAUGACAAACCCACCUUUGUGUAGCAGCAAGCUGGGGUUUGAGACAGAUAAGGGAAAACACCUCCAAGAAGCAGAUCCUGCAGCGGUGCUGGUAUGCUGGUUUUUAUCAUGCCAAUUUCCUCCCUUACACAACUGGCUCAGGCAGAAGAUUCUCUCCCAUCCUGAGAGAUACAGGAACAUUCACACUUAGGCCUGAGGGUAUUUAUCCCUUCUGUUAAGGCAGAACUGGCUCAAAUUAGCUGGCGUGACAUACGCAGGUCCUGUCUUUGCCUCCAGACCUAAUUCUUGGGCCUGCCACCAGAGGACUGCAAAUGACCCACCGUGUUGCAAGACACAUUGUAAAACUCCCUGAGGAGAGGUACCUGGGCAUUCCCACCUGAACCUGUUGAACCCACUGGACUUUGGGUUUCAGGGAUUUCCCCUGGCCCUGAUGAAUUGAAAUUGUAACUAUUACUUCAAACACUGGACAUCUAAAUUGAAACAAUCAGGCUUCAUAGGGUGGUGAUACCUUUCCUCUUCAUCGUUCUUAUCCUUUCUUUUUAUUUUCCUUGUACAUUUUCUCAGGUGUAAUCAUUUUACUUUUAUAUUCCUCUAUUUCUAUAGAUAAUAACCAAAUCUGUUACAUACUUCCUUUCUGUUUUAACCAAAUUAUUCCAAAACGAACCUGUUGUCUGUCUGUCUGUCUGUCUGUCUAUCUAUCUAUCUAUCUAUCUAUCUAAUCAUUUUAUUUAUAAAAAACCCACCAUUCAUUCAGUGUUGCAUCACUCUAGUCUGCCCUGAGGGAUCUAUUAACAAGAACCUCAGUUAACCUGCCUCAGGGGCAGGUUGUAACAUUGCUGACCCUAACAUGGCAGAUUUAUUUUUGAAAAGUAAUUCUCAAUUUUCUGAUUCAUAUGGUGCAUUACAGGUUGAGUGAACUUCCUUUGAAAUUCCAUUAACUUUAUGUAAUGCAGACCUAUUCUGAUGGGCAACGCGGCCUUUUCCCCUUAUUUUUUUAUUGCAAAUUGUACAAAGCUGGGUGCUUGACAAUAGAAUAUACUUUAUUAGAAAAUUUUAAAGCCUUGAGGUUCCUCUCAAAAUGGAAUUCAAAUAUUGAAGUGGCAUUGUAGUGUACAUGCAUUUAUUGAUUGGAUUCAUUUUGCAUUAUGAACUCUAGUGUGCCUAUAUCCUGACUGUACAUAUUACAUAGUUGAUUCUGAGACCACUUUUUUAUCUAUUAAAGCAUUGCUCUUUUCCUGUA